AUGGUUUCAAAUUCAUCAAAAAUCAUCAUUAGUUGUAUUAUUCGAAUUCUUCAACUUACUUUUGCUGCAGCGCAGUUUGGUCUUGGGCUUGACGUAGUAAUAUAUCUUGGGUACGCAAAGAAAGAAAGUACUUAUAAUUUCGUAAUUGGUAUUGUCACAAUAGUUUAUUUGAUAUCUAUUUUCAUUUUAAGUUUCACUAAAAAAGUUCGUAUACUUGGUAUAAUUAUAGCAGAAUCUAUAAUUUGGUCAUCUAAUGUUGCUGGAUUUGCAUUGAUUGCAAGUCUGCCAAUGAAAAAUUGUUCAGGUUAUGAUAUAGCUUACCCGGGUUAUUAUGAUAUUUGCCAAAAAUAUCAAGCUAUUUUACCAAUGGGUGUAUUGAAUGCCGUUUUAUUUGCAACAAAUUUAGUUAUUUUGCAUAUUUAUGCUGAAAGAAAUUGUAAAAAAGGUAUUCCAACCACUAAGUCAGCCAAUUAUUUAACUGGAAUCAUUUUUCCAAAUGAUGAAGACAUCAUUCGUGAUAAACAUUUUGAAGAUGAGGAAUCAAGAGUUUGUGGUUCACGUCAAAAACAACAUGACAACAAAACUAAGAUUUCAGAGAGCUCAAAUAGAGAAAAUAAGUUUCAUGAGAAGUACCUGAGCUCUUCAACUUUGUAA